AUGACACGUCACAUUUUGCUUCAGAAUGCCACCAUUUUGAUACCCUCUGGAGAAAAGAAUGAUCAAGUAUUGCCUUUGCGAGGACACUCGCUACUAAUCUCAGAUACCAAAAUCUCCCAAAUUGCACCGCGUAUAGUCCCGCCUACCGGUGCUCAGCUCAUUGACUGCACGGGCAAGAUAGUGUCACCUGGAUUCAUCGAUAGUCAUCAUCAUGUAUGGCAGACGCAGCUGAAAGGUCGUCACGCUAAUCAUGCACUCCUUGAAUAUCUACCCAAUGGUAAUCUGCAGCAUGCCAAUUAUACCCCAGAUGACGUAUUCUGGGGUGAACUUGCCGGCUGUCUUGAAGCUUUGGAUUCAGGUACUACGACCAUUGUUGAUCAUGCCCAUAUGAAUGAUUCACCCGCCCAUACUUCAAAUGGUAUCGAAGCAGCGAUAGCUUCGGGUAUCCGUUCGGUUUUUUGUUACACACCCACCCUGAGAGUCAAGAGCUGGAAGCCAGAUAUUGUUACCUCUGGUAAUUUGCUAGACGAAUGGGUCCUCGACGAACUGAGAAGACUUGGCUCCAUGGCACCUUUUGGUGACGGGCGGGUUCAGCUGGGACUGGCAUUCGAUGGUUUCAGGCUCCCCAAAGAAGACAUUUGCUCCCUCUACGGAAAGGCGCGCGAAAUAGGCGUCAAGCUGAUUACCUCGCAUUACGUACGGAAUGCUUUCAAUGACAAGUCGAUUGUCGCUACACUAGAUGACUAUGGUCUCCUUGAUGCCGAUAUUCUUUUAUCACAUGCUAGCAAUCUUACUGAAGACGAUGUUCAAAAGCUCAUCGAGAAAAAUGCAUGGAUCUCAACCACACCCGAGACAGAACUCCAAAUGGGACACGGCGAACUCGUCUGUUUCAAACACGGCUGCUCGGAUAUUAGCUCUAUGGGAGUCGAUUGUCACAGCAAUAAUUCGAGCGACAUGGUCUCACAGAUGCGACUUGCCUUGCAGCACGAGCGGGCCCGUCGAAAUACGUCAAUCAAAACUCAAGGCUUGAAUCCACGAAGAUUGAAUUUGCACGUGCAGGAUGUUUUCCGAUUAGCAACUAUUCAAGGGGCGCGAGCCAUCAAUAUGGCGGAUAAGUUGGGAUCCAUUGAAGUCGGCAAGGCUGCAGACCUCAUUAUAAUUGACGGAGAAUCCCCAGGGAUGAUAUGUGCUACUGAACAGGAUCCUGUGGCAGCAAUCGUUCUACACUCUUCAAUUCGUGACAUUGAGACUGUAAUCGUUGAUGGUAUCAUUCGCAAGCGUAAUGGAAAGUUAAAUUCGGUGAAUGUGAGACCAUCUCUACCAGGUGUCCAGAUCUGUUGUCGCAACUUGGAAUGGGAAGGUGUGGCCAAAGAACUGUUGUCUAGCCGUGCAAGGAUUCAACAAGCAAUCAUUGAAGCCAAUGCUCAUGAACCCGAGCGGCUGACUGAGGCAUAUAUCAGGCUAAUGCGUCUCAAUGCUGACAAGUAUGCAAAGCAGUGA